CUUGAAAUUAGAAGUCUUACGAGAAAGUUCUUUUUUACUUUGCUGAAAUUCAAUUAUCCAGACAGUAAAGAUGUUCUUAAAAAUUUCGUUUCUAAGUGUUUUGUUUGCUGUUGCUUUCUGCAUGCCACAAAAUAUUGAAAAAGAAUCGACAACCCAAAAAAUUGAAACUUCUUCAGUUGUGGCAAAUAAACCAGCAUAUAGUUCUCAAGCAGACAUAAAAAAGGAUAAAAAAAGUCAAGGCAAUUUGUCAAAUGUUUCUUUUGGAUUUUUACAAACAGUUAGAAAGGAAUGGAAAUGUGCAGAUGGGCAAUGUCAAGAGCAAACUACAAAGUGCAAAAAUGGGAAGUGUGAAUAUGUAGAAAAUCGUUUCAAAUCCAAUAACUAUCAACCUGAAGUUCCUCAACUUGCUCCUAUUCCAUUUCCAUCAUUCAACUUUGCAGAAUUUUUCAACUCAUUUGCUUUUCCAAAAGUUGACUUGGAAUCCUUUUUCAAUUUCGACAAUUUCGGAUUGAUGGAUUCAGUAGUUGAUACUAAAAACUCAGAUUAUUAUUUCACAGAUGCAAAAAUUAUUUCUUCAAAAUGCAAGAAUAAGGAAUGCGUAAUCAGCACUAAAAAUUGUACUAACGGUAAAUGUAAUGAAGUUUCUGAACGACGUAGCUUUUAGGAUGUGAAUUUUAUUUGCUGUUAAAAAUAAAGAAACCCCUAAAAUUAAAAACACAAUAUGUGACAUAUGUGACUAGUAACAACAAUUUCAUGCCUGUUUUUCAACAAAUAAUAAUAGAAGAAAAAAAAAAAUACACAGGAAUUGGUUAUAUAUUCUGUCACA